AUGACGCCCAUGCCGCGUCCUGUUGCAGUGGUGGUGUGGCUGGCAACUUGCAUUUUGUGCUGCACCAAGGCCCAGCCGAUCCCUGCAAGCGAGGAUGGUGCUAUUAAGAUACCAAGGUUAGGUUUGUAUAAGCGUGGAGUCGUAAAUGAGGAAGAAGCGAAAACUGACGCCGAUGGCGCUCUUCACAUGGAGCAAGUCUUCGUGCACCGCUUCAGCAACGUACUGGGUAACCAAACGGAAAAGGUUAAACUGGAGGAAGCCUUGGAUUUCAUCCUAGGCGCGGCGGAGAAGCUUCGGAACACCUUCAACGCAGCACCUUCAAAUGCGCAGCUGCUGAGCGACAGUAUCACAGGCAGCGAGACUGCGUUACGUGCUAUGCAGCUAGCACGCGAUCUAUCAGCCACAGUUGUUGCCGGUGGAGAUGAGCUGAAGGCGAACGCGGUCACGGAGACGCUGAACCAAAUUGCCGCCCAGGUGGCCGACCUCAGCCCCGCGUCUUGCCAUCCCGUAACCCGUCGCAUCGUCUUGGCGUCCCUGGUCCGACUGCAAAUGCUACUGCACGAGCCCUUGCUAAGCGAAGAGGCAAAGACGCUGCGUGACAGCUCCGAAACCGCGACGCUCCUCUUCCGCAUCUGUCGUCUACUCUUCAAUCUGCACCGCCAAGGCGCCUCCGCCAAAGGCGCAAUCGAGUUCUUACACAUAUCAAAGUCCGGCGGCACGUCCAUGUGCUCGGUCGCGGAUAAGAACGGCUGUACGACCGAGAGUACGUCAAACUUUGGCAAUUGCAUGGUGCGCCGCUUUGAUGACCGUCCGCGAUGGGUAUCAGCAGCCGUUCACAACCUAUCGGCGCCCCUGAACGGAUGGAAGUGGUUCUAUCGAUAUGCCGUACGGCGAGGCAAUCGGAGCUGCGAGUAUAGGGACGAGUUCAUGCAGCGCAACCGUUACACCUUCUAUUCCAACGAGUUUGCCGUACACGGUGGACUCGAGAAUGCUGAGGAGCAAAACGGGGUUGAGGGUGGGGAAGAAGGUGUCGGUGCAAACACGGGCGCUGCCGCUGCGGGCGGCGACGGCAGCAGCCCUGCCUGGCGCUCGGCGCACUUGUGUCCGCAGUUUCUAAAUUUCGUUAUGUUGCGUCAGCCUCUGGCACGACUGCUGUCGCACGUGAAGUGGAUCAUCAAGGUUUACCGUACCGAGUACGGCAGACACAGUGAGGCGUUUUUCCGCGCGCGCGAUGCUGACUACUGGCGAACCUUCGCGCCAGCGGCCGUCGACAACUACUACAUUCGGCUGCUGCUGGGUGAAGAAGUUUUCUACCUGCCCUCCGGCACCAUCAACGCGACACACCUGGAGGCAGCGGAGCUCGUACUUCUGCAGUACGACAUCGUAGUGCUGCUGGAAGCGGACGACAUCGAUGAGCUAUGGCUUAAAAUGGCACUCGGUUGGCGAGUGGGACUCUCGAGCGCGCACGCGCGCGUCGCGGGGAGCAGUCGUGCAACGGAGGAGCUCGUGCCGUACGACAUGGACGAGCUGAUGGCGGCAAACGCGGAGGACGUACGGCUGUAUCAAUUCGGUGCCGUCCUCCACCAGCUGGACGGUCUGAUGUUCGCAGCGAUGGCUGCGGCUAAUCUUCAACCCUUCUCACCGUUUGCUUACAUUAACGCGUCAGAGAAGAAUGUGGGAAAGCGUGUCCGAUGUGGGUACGUGACGAGGAAGCAGCAGCUGCUGGGAAAUGUGGGUCUCAACAUCAGUGCAUUCACACGGACAUACGAACAGCACUUCUCAAGGAUUCUUUCACUCGACGAGCGGGUGCGGCCCCCGGCUCCGCCGCCGCGGAAACGGGGCCGAUUGCGCCUCCUGGAGUGGCCGCAGUUGCAGCUGCAGCUGCAGCAAGGAGGGGUAGCAGUGCAAGAGGAGGGGGAGGAGGAGCAAGGGGGAGAGGAAGAAGAGGCGGAGGAACAAGUAGAAUGCGAGGGGCGGCAGUCACCGCAGCAACGACAGCGGCAGCGGCAACACGAAGGGCAUAAGGACAAGGAACGCUGA